ACACACACCAAUCUUAAUUAGCUACUUCGAUCAUCAGCAGCUUAUUGAAUCAACUUGUAAACUCUUGCAACGAAUAUCAGGCCAAACAUGUCUCACGUAACCAAGAUCGUAGCCUUCUUGGUGAUCGUACUCGUCUCCGAGUCCGCCAUGGGUGCACCCGACUGUGUGUCAAUCCUGAGGAGAAUAGAUCCUUGCCUUCCUUACCUGGUGCAGAACCCAGGCCGCGAGGACAGUCCAUCCAAGGCUUGCUGCGACGGUGUCACAACACUGAGCAUUAUGCCUAACGUCAAGGAUGAAUGUGAGUGCAUCAAGGCCUCAGUGAUGUUGACUCCUGUUGAUUUGGCUCGAUUUGCUGCUCUCCCUAGUGUUUGCGGCACCGACUUGAAGAUUCCGACCAUCUCCGGCGACAUGGAUUGUUCACAGUUAAACAUGUAGAGUUGAAGUAAAGGAGUACUCCACAGCUUGGCCAGAUCGAGUUUACAGUAAAUAAAUGUGGUUCUGAUCAAUAAGCAAUAUGGCGUUGAUGUAAUGUAUAAUCAAUACUUUCAACAAAUAUAUUGCAAUGAGAAUAAUACUCCAAGGUGUGAAAUUAUUUGCAUCUCUUACCUUUACGGG